UCCCUGUGCUUAUUUUUCCAGGAUACUGCAUUGGAAACUGAGUCAGGGACCCAUUGGUGCGAAGAAAACACAACAUGUCCUCUAUGUUCCAACGCAUUAGCAAAAGUUUGGUCAAAGAGGUUGGAAGAGAUGACCUGACGCCUGUCAAAUGCCCAGUCCGUGCCAUCAAAUUACGUCAGUUUGCCAUAUUACAAAAGAUGAAUAAUUCUCGUUCAGUUUUUUGGGAACAGUGUGACUAUGUUCCACUUCAGUUCUCCCUCAGUGACAUCCUGGAGUCAAGUUCUUCAGUCCCAGAUACUGAUGUGAAUGGACCAUUAUAUUUCUAUGACACUAUGAUCCAAAAGUAUGAGGCUGGCAUAGGUGUGAAUGUUGGUGGAGAAUUGAGUGUGUCAGGGGAGGCCUCUGCAGACCAGGGAGGCUCCCUUGGGUAUCAGAUUGUGACCAUCUCAGCUCCAAACCUGGAAGUCUUCCAAAAAAGGAAACUGUUGCAUCCAGAGCCGGAAUAUCUGAAGGGCUGUCGGAGGAGAGGGGGCAACCUGUACGUGGUGACAGACGCUGUUGAACUGAUCAGUGAUACUGUGCUGUGCGGCAACAGUAGUAUGAAUCUUUUUGGGAAGGCUUCUCUUUGGAUUACUUAUGGCAAGGGUCAAGGUCAAGGAAAGAUUUUCAGAAAGAAGGAGAAGGGACUGACUCUGAAGAAGGGCAUGGUGAUGGCAUAUAAGACAAAGCAGCUGAUUUUUGAGAAAAAAGACAGGACCAUUCUCAUCACAGAUGAUGAUGAACGGAGCACCUUUCAAGAUGUGUACAGAAUUUCCGAGAGGCUAGGGUACAGUGUGGCGAUGAAUGAGGAAUGGCUACGGUCAUUCACUACCAUCUCUCCAACCCUCUUGAAAGCCUCAUCCAAUGAUAUAAAGUUAAAACUGGAAUCCUUCAAAACAUCUCAAAAGCAAAUUUGGUGGGGGAUGAGGAAGGGAGAUGCUGACUUGAUUCUCAUUCCAGGACGAAUAGAAGAACCUUUCUGGCAAAAUUUCAAGCAUCUACAAGAGGAGGUUUCCCAGAAUACAGAGGCACUGGCCCAGCUCUCAAAGGAUGUUCAGGGUGUCGUGUUCUCUAGUAUCCUGGCCAUGCUCAGAGAUGGAGAGGAUCUGCAGGACCUGAUGUACAUGCUGAAAUUGGACAGCUCAGGUCAUUUGGCUGGCCCUGGUAGUUCCAUCCUAAAGAUACUUCAACAGGAUUCAGAGCAUGCAUUGUCUAAAUCAAAGGAAGCCAUUCUUUAUCUCUUUGAAGCCAUAAUGGUGCUGACUGUCAUCCAACACGAUUUGCUGGCCUAUUCCAUGGAGAAGAGGAUCCUGCUUCAGCAACAGGAGCUGGUAAGGAGCAUCCUGGAGCCGAACUUCAGAUACCCCUGGAACAUUCCCUUCACCCUCAAGCCUGAGCUCCUUGCCCCACUCCAGAGUGAGGAUUUGGCCAUCACCUAUGGCCUGCUGGAGGAGUGUGGCCUGAGGAUGGAGCUGGAUAGCCCCAGGUCAACCUGGGAUCUAACCGUGAAGAUGCCCCUGUCUGCCCUCUAUGGUACUCUGUCAUUGCUGCAGCAGCUGGCUGAGGCCUAAGCCCUCCCUGAUGGGCAGUCAGUCCAGAGAUGCUGGCCCCUGCCCAGUCUAUGCUGUGAGUAUCUUUAGGGGUGCAAACUCUGCUCUUCCAGGUGGAGUAGAGACGGCCAUGGGUAGAGACUUUAGGAAAUGUUUUGGGGGUGGUGGAAUACUCUAUAUAUUGACAAGGGUUUAUAUAUUUAUCAAAACUCCUCAAUAGUAUGUUAAAGAUGUAAGCAUUUCACUAUGUUUAAAUUUUCCUUCAAAAUAAUAAAAACAAAUACUGACUCUA